UGCUCCCGUUGCUCUGAUUUCAUCCUCUGAGCUAUUCUUGCGCCCGCCAGAUCACGAGGGCAAUAACGGUUUAUGAUUAUUGCCGUGAUCCAGUUUGCCGUCCGGUACCCUAAGACUGCUGUUCCGUCUCCCUUUACACUGCUGCGGCUAUUUUGUUUUGCCGCCACAGUGCUUCGUCCUUUUCCAAACACUAGGCAGGCGGCCAGCUGAUCGCUCGUCGUGGAAAAAAGCACUCACUCAUUUCUCGUGUACAGACGUAGGGAAGGCAAAGCAGAAAGAGAUUUAGCAUAGUGUGAAGAGCGCACUAUAACCAGACCCGCCACGAACUAGCCAGUGUUGUAGUCGUUCCUGUGGUGGUAAGAUCGCGUUCACUACCUUGCAGCUACAGCAAGUGUUACUUUGAUUGUUACUGUUACUUUUAGUAGCAGUCUGACUACUAUCACGGCAACUUGUGUGAUCAUACUGGUCGUGUGGCGUGCACCGAUAAAGUGAAUACUAUCUGUGUAUUUGUAUACGUGCGACCGUGGCGGUAACAGGAGCUGCUAAUAGUGGUGUCAUCGCCGCGUUUGUCCCACGACCAAAGGUGCUACUACAACGGCAGGGUGUACGCGCUCGGUGCGGACCAAUGAUAGUAAUAAUAACAGGAGUAAUUACAAUAAAAGCAGGAUAAUAAUAAUGUGAUAAAAAAAUAAACCAAAGAAGAAAUUCCGGCCUACUGUCACCUAGUAUCGCGUCAAAAUAACAGCAGAAGUCUGCAAGUUACAUCGUCGGUGACGGACUCCAGCCAAAUACCGAGCAGGUGACAGAUCGAGUGAUUUUGCCUUCGGCCACUCGCGCAGUUACAGCUGCCUUGGUUUGCCAGCAGAUCUGUACAUUUUGUCGGCGGCGGUGGCUGCGUUAGAAACGACUGACUAAGCAGCAGCAGCAUACGUAGCGACGACAAAAUCUCACCAGGCAGUCUCGCCACUUAGAGUACUACCAUUUUUAGCUGUAAUAAUAGAAACAAGCCAAAGCAACAGCAGACGUAUUAACACGAGGUCAACAAUAAAUUGUCGCCAAUGACGACAUUGGCGACUUCGACAACAUCCCUCUUUCUUCACCUCAUCAUAGCUUUUCGUUGCCUUUGCCGUGGCCGCGAAUAGCAGUAGAUCGUCUACAAUCGAGGGAGAUGGUAAAGGAAUACUGAGAGCAAGAGUGGAUCGGCGAUUCGGUCACUAUGGCGGUUUGAGCGCCAGCUAUUCUCGCCGUCGUUGUCCGGAAGCUAGAAGAGAUUGGGUAAUAUAGUGGAUGAUAGUAGCAAGUAUCCACUGGUGGUCGCGGCUAUGGUGAAACUGUUGCUGCUGAAAGUACAAGUUGCAAUCAACGAACAGCGUGUUCUUUCGCUAUCACUGUUUACUUCGUUGUGAUUUGUACGCUCAGCUUUCGUCGGAUCGAGUAAAUGUUAUUAUUGUUGCGCAGAUCUGUUCCAGCGUCGGCGCUCAAAUGACAGACCGACUGUUGAUCUACUGCUCUCUGUUGGCGUUCGUGCUGCUCCUGUCGCUAAAGUGGGAUGGAUACGUUGAUGCCGACUACUGGCUUGUGUUCAGUCCACUUUGGCUAUGGAAACUUGUCGCAGUCUCGUCUACCCUGGCCGCCUCGUACCUUUGGCACCGCCAGCCGCAGUAUCGGAUGGAUCAAGAGGCCCUACUCGAGUAUAAAGCGAUGAUGAUGUGCGUGUCUCUCCACCUACUUCUUCUCGUCUUUGAAGUCCUGCUCUGCGACAACCUCGAAACGCCAGCAAGGGAUCGUCACCUGUGGACAGUGGUUUGCAUCCCGUUGCUUGCGCUUUGCCUUCUCGCCAUCGUCGUAUGCAUUUGGUCUGUCAAACAUGACCGGCCCUUUGAGAUGGAACUUCUGCUGGCCGUAAGCGUCCUGCAAAUACUACUCGUGGCUCUGCAGGUGGAUCGACUCGUUUCGUGGUCGUGGGCGGCAGUAUUCGUUCCUUUGUGGCUACUGUUAUGCGUCGCCCUCGUCGGGGUACUCUAUUCCUUGAUUUUCGCGGCAAUCCUCGCGCGAACGCCUGAGGUCACCGCAGAACAGAAGCGGUUGGCCUCGCAUUCAGCCGUUUCGUACACUUUACUUGUGUUACCGUUCGUUGCCUUUCUGGCGCUACUGACGAAUAAAUUAGACGGUCGGAGUCAACUCACGUUCACUUCGUGCUCUAUGCCACUAGCGGCCACCUUCGUGGUGCUCCUGAUUCUUUCAUUUUCCUGCAAAACAAGAAAUGCUUGGCUUUUUGGAUCUCGUCAGGAUCUUUGCCGUCUCUUGAUCACAGCCUGUCCCCUCCUACAGGAAUACGGGAACAUUUCGUACCGGUUACACAGUAACAGCCAUCAGGCCGCAUCCGCCAGUCAGCAAAGCCAGCAAGCUCAACAGGCCGAAAAUGGUCAAUCCGACCUUGUUCCCUCGGCGCUCACCAGGACCAAGCCACACAAAGGCAGCAGUAGUAAUACUAAUAAACGUCAGGAACAAGAUGGAGCUGUAUGCCCCAUAAGGGCGAUCGAUACUCCAGACUAGAAAGCAACGAUAGGUAUUACUCCACGAGGGAUGAGUGACCGGGCAAUGUGUAUAAGUCAAGUCCAUCCACCAAGGUGGUCUGUAUAAAUAUGGCUGGAGGAAAAAACGACAUUCGUAAGGAUAUGUCGUUGUAAUGUGCAUAGUGUGCGCUCUGGGAAAGAAACAAGUUCACUGUUGAGCUUCUUUCGGUGUUGGGCUAUUAAGAAACCUUCUGGAGACGUUUUACGGUCAAUUGCAGCGACACCUAGUCUAGAAGAAGCGGCUAUUGCGACGCUGAACAAAGUGAAUUGCAAGGACGAUUACCUAAAGUAGCAAGACCCAUAAACCUUGUCUUUGAUGAAAAGGUAACAGUAGUAUCGAGCUAAUACACAAUGCCAAGCAUCAGUUAAUGUGUAUGUACGUAAAAGAUCAAACAUGCGUAUACACAUGAUUUCAUUAUACAUGCAAACACACGCACACUCGAAAUCCACUCAAACCAACAGAAAAACAUGCAGAGAACUUUUAAAUAACGAUAUUUUAACGCCAAGGCCUAUAUUAGGUGUAGAUGAUGACUAUGAUAAUACCAAACUUAGGUGAGGCAAGGUAAGAAGGGUAGUUUAGCUGUACAAAACAUAAACAGCUAAAUAAUUAACCUUUGUGCGCUGAUGCACACACACAAAAUACAAUAUCUGAAUAACCCAUUUACUAUGAAAGCUACUAAAUAACGAAAAUUGGAAGGAAUCAUGCAGUCGUCGAUGCAGUGUGAACCGGGGCAGAUACUGGGUUCACGACUUGUUUCAGAGGAUUGACGAUUUGGCUCUAUUAUGAACCGACCUUACGUGGCGACUCGUGGCCGCACGUUUGCGUGUAGAAGCAUAAUCAUGUCAAUAUGAUGUGAUGAUGUCUGGGGACAACAGCAACGAGUGCACUAAAAGGCCACGGGAUGAAGUUAGUUACAGUUCGGACGCAACAUUGAAGAUACAUGAGCGCGUGGUAGUGAUUACGACGAUGGCGAGUGCCUAACGUUAAGCCGGGAACGAAAUUGAAACCAGUGAGUUGUCGAGUAACUUUUAAUGAUACGACUGAUAAGAGACCGUUGCGAGACUGGGUAAAUAAACAUAAACCAACGUAGUGCCUAGUGUGGGCUCCGCCAAUGGCGACCUCGUGCACAAAGUGCAUCAUGCAAUUACCUAGCUACUUCUAUUACAACCAAUGCAACUACAAAUACUACUGAUGUUAUGAGAAGAAUAUCAGAACAUUAGGCGGUAGACACUCACACACAUACACACAUGUAUACAUAUUAGGCUAUAUUAUGGUAAUCAUUUGUAUUACUGGAAAAGACGCGACGCCAGACUACGUUGCUUCUAUUCAGUAAUUACCGUUUUUUUUUAAGUCAAUAUAACAAGUCGUCAGGGCUGAAGGUCUAUUUUCUUCAGUGCUGGUACUCGACAGAGUAAGCUUUUAGUAGCAAAUAUUCGGCAGAGCUUUUAUAGACAGACGGAACGAUCCUUGUGAAACGGCUUUGAGACACGGAUCUAUUGUUUAGGCAAAGAUCAACGACAAGAGCUAUAUUCAGAGCCGAGUAUUUUUUAGGAAUUGCGGCAUGAUUUUUCGAACUUAACUGUGUGGCCGUGUUUGUGUGUGUGCAUGCGUAUAGUGUAACAACAAAUGCAAUCAAUGCUCCCAUAAUAAUAGAAUUGGGUGACAUAAAAGAAGUGAACACGAAGCACGUUACUGCUCGACCGAGCAGCACAAGUGACGGCACUCCACAAUAAUGUAGAACAACGCAUAUUCUCAUAAAGGGUCAUGUGUUAGGCUUUGAACAAUCAUAGAUAAUCUACAGACUGCAAUAUUAUGAACAUUAUUGCUACAUAAUAGUAUUGCUACAUAACUGACUAGAUCACGGAUAGGUACCACGUACAGACGAACUGGACUGCCGCGCAAACCUUUCUACCAAUGAGGAACUGUAAAAAGAAGCUAGAGGACUCAGGCACCCAGAUGUGCUCCACGACGUCUUGGACAAUAUUAGGCCUAUCUAUAGGCCUUAGCUUACUAGGUACGUAGUCAGGUUUUGACAUGUUGUGCGUCAACAGAAAACACCAAAAGCUGUUUUCUGUUGGUUGCGUUUUACUAUUAACGGGCAGCGCGGCAGCCCGUAGUGCAAUGCGAUGAGGUUGGUUUUUAGCUCCUUAUAACAAAUCGCCAAAUGAUGCUAACGCUUUUUCUUGCCCAGAGACAGCAGUAAAGAUAGCAGUUUUCGUUGUGGUAUAAGUCAAGAAAGGCGUGCUAGCAUUACAGCUCCUAUUAACUUUAGUCAAAUGUUGUUAAUCGAUGUUUUAUUAAAAUGAAAAUAAUUCAUUACUUUCUGUAGAUCUUUCUGCAGGCAUGUGUGUAUUUUCUGUCUGCAGUGUGUGUGUAAUAAGGAACACGUAUAAUACCUAUAUGACAUAUUUAUUAUAUAUUUGUAAAUAACGAGAGCUUCGAAAAAAGCUAGAAAGGCUUGACAGUGCUAUAUAAUAGAAGAUGCCUAAACUAUGAUUACAGGAGAUACAUACGAAAACAUUUUCGCAUUUGAAUGAACUAAACAUCUUCGGUUGACAUAUCAAAGACAGUAAAACAUGAAAAUAAAGACGAGUAACGAGUAUCAUUACCAUUAUAGAACUAGAGAUUAUAACGUUGAUACUACGUCAUUUAUUGGAUUAUAAUAUUAUGCUUUUGGUGAUUGUGCGAUGUGUGUUUUGAUGCGACGGUGUGUCUGAAGGCGUUUGUGUGAAUUGGAGUGGACGUAUUUGAAAGAAAUAGCAUCAUUCGAUGUAAACACGUGGGACACCUUAAUUGAGACUAUGAGAGAUAACACCGAAGAUUAGCGAUAUUUUCGUAGAUCUCAUUACCGCAUUAUUUUAACAAGAAUAAUACCACGACAGUUCGCAAUGGAUUACUAAUAGCGACAACCAUAUCGAUUGGUCGAUAUCUCGUAAAAUCCAUUACUUAAUCCGGCUAAUAGUUUGUAAAAAAUCACAUUGUGCUAAAAUAAUCUGGGUUAGUCUGGCAGUGGCUGGCAAUCCAGUACCUGCAGAACGGCAAAAAGGGGGAAUAUUUAAUUAGGUUUAUUGUUUAAUAGUGUUUUAUUUGAGUGUUUUAUUUUUAUUUUUAUUAUUAUUAUAAUUAUGAAGGAAAUCGAAACAACAAUUCAUAGUAGACAUUUUGCCAAUUUCUGUGAAAAUAUGAAUCCAAGUGUGAAAUACACAUAAUCUAUGGGCGUCAGCGAAGUCAUUGAUCCAGAUAAAAUACAUAUGCAAGCUACAAAUUGUAGCAGCUUGCAUUUGCUAAUUGAAAACGUUAGUUUUUGUUCUGGUAAGUGUAAGCCGUUUUUCAUUGCCAGCUAUUUUUCGUUGUCGAAUGUCGAUAUACUUCGAUUUUUAUAUCGAACUCUUAUUACUUAUAGUUGAAAUUCAAGAUAAAAAAGAAUGAUUUUGUUCUACUUCUCGUUUUCUAAUAAUAUAGCUUAGUUUAGAUACGAGUUUAGGAGCCGUAUUUAAGGAGUUUACGGUUAACAAAGAGGGUCGACUUGUUUGAGUGUGAUGCGAACGCUAAUGACGCUUUUAUUUUUACUAUUCACCUUAGCUCAUAGUUCAAUGCAAAUGAUGGAGGAAAUCUAAACAACAAUUUAUAGCGGACAUACUAUUUUACACGCUUAGCUUCUAACCAACCGCUGAAAAUAAAAUAACGAUCAUUAUAGCAUGCGUGAGAGUUUAUAAAAUAUAUUAAUAACUAUUAAAUGGUUACUUCAUAUGGGUAUAUGUAUAUAAUUGUUUUCGCAAAUUCGUCUUUACUAUAACAAUAACAUUUAAUGGAAGGCGUAAUGAGCUUCUUGCGAGAAGAUGUCCAUGGUCGAAUGUAGCAGGCCAAUAUAUCGAUAUUAGUUCCGUUACAACUGAUGUAUUAGGACUAUUUCACGUGCUGUAGCAUAUCGUUGGGUUCAGAGUCCUACAAAAAAAUACACUUCACAUAUUAAGAAUACAAAAUGACCUAUUUCGCUAAAAAUAAUAUUAAUAAUCUUAAUCGUGCCAGGUUGGUUCACAAUGGGAGCAUUUUACGGCUUCUGUGCAGUUUAGGAGUUGUUUUGAUAAAGAAGAUAUCGAAAAGAAGAACAUAAUGAUGCUGAUGGUAAUUGUGCGAUAAUAGCUUCUGUUCGCUUUUAUCUCUACUUUUCCUCUCAAGGUUUCCUGACGAUGUUAGUUUCUUUUUAGUGAUUUCGUUUUAAUUUCUCUGACUCUAAUCUAUUUUUUAAAAAACCUGUAAGGUACUCUGGCAUAUGAAAAGAUAAAAAUCCUAUUGUAAAAUUUCAAUGCUCGCAAUUGUGUUUUCUAACUUCUUUAUUAUUUUCUAAGCCAACCUUGGGCUAUGCAGGCGCCUCUUCUUCCAUAACAAAAUGUACGUAUAUACAUAUAUAUAUAGGAACUGUACGGAAGUUCACGUCGCCACACAUGAAGAAGGCGGCGACUAUGGUCAAUAUUUUGAUCACGCAUUCACUUCAAAGACAUGGUCUAACUAUUUUUGCUAACCCCACCAUAACGGAAGAAGCUAAACCACCAGAGAAAAACACAUUCACUGUGAGAGAUAAACUGUCUCACAACAUUUCAAAAACCGACUAAUGGACAGGAAGUGGAAAACGAAAUAAAUGUUUGACAGGGGCAGACAAAGGCACCAAAGUCAAAAUAGCAAGAAAACGAAGAAAAUAUGUAAAAUAACUACUAGUGAUAUCUACACACCCAUUAAAGAAUGAUAUAGUUAACUAAAAAUAUUUUAAUUAGCGUCAAUGCGUUCAAAAGAACAAAGCUGUUACCAUUCACCCCGAAAGACCAGAAAAAACAAAAUAUGUAAUAUAUAUGGCAUAGGUAGAGAGUAACGACAAACUCUACAAACA